AUGGGGCAGGGGACAGGUAGAGAGGGCCGGAGAGGGGCCGGAGAAGUGGUGGCUGGCGCGCGCCCUGUGCCCGCUCGCGCCUGGGGUUCCCGGGCUCGGUGCAGGCUCAGUGGGCGCGGGCGGCCGAGCCCGGGCGCUGGGGGUUUAUAUGGGACGGUCCCCGGCCGCCCCCCGCGAGGCCCCGGCGCCCGGGAGGAGGGACGCGCUGGCCGCCCCCGCCCCCGCCCCCGCCCCGCGCGCUCCCAUUGGCCCGGGCUCCGAGUGACGUCAUGGGGGCCCCGGGGUUUCGCCACGAACAAAAGAGAUGCUGAUGGUCGGCGGGGCGGGGGCCGAGCAACUUUUUUUGGUUUCCUCUACCGUCUCUUAACUUUUCGUGGUGGCGGCCUUGGGGGAUGGGGAAGGGCUGCCAGGGGCUAUUGGAAAGUUGGAUGGCGAUGGAUUACGAAAGUUUAUGCUUGUCACCUGGAUUUCCUCCACCUCUUCUUUAGUCUGAAUCUGCCCCAUCCUCUUCCCCAGAAAACAGACAAGCUUGCAAAACCGCUGCUCAUUAAACACAGGUGUGAGAGACGUGGAGCUGCAGAUCGCUUCUUGGGGACCGUCAGGCUUAAGUCCACCCCACGCCCCAAGCUCUCAGUGUGCGUUCUUGGGGAUCAGCAGCACUGUGAUGAAGCCAAGGCUGUGGCUAUCCCCCACAUGGACAGUGAAGCGCUGAGAACACUCAAGAAGAAUAAGAAGCUGGUCAAAAAGCUGGCCAGGAAGUGUGAUGCCUUUCUGGCCUCUGAAUCCCUGAUCAAGCCGAUCCCAAUAAUCCUAGGUCCAGGGCUGAACAAGCCUGGCAAGUUCCCUUCUCUGCUGACCCACAAUGACAACAUGCUGGCAAAAGUAGACAAGGUGAAGUCCACCACCAAAUUCCAGAUGAAAAAGGUCCUGUGUCUGGCGGUGGCUGUGGGCCGUGUCGAGAUGACAGAUGAUGAACUUGUUUACAACAUCCACCUGGCUUUUAGCUUUCUGAUUUCACUGCUAAAGAAGAAUUGGCAGAAUGUUCGGGCUUUGUACAUCCAGAGCACUAUGGGCAAGUCCCUGGCGCCUGUACUAUGA